ACGCUCGGCGAAUCAGGACACUGUACCCACCAUAGCCCGCUCGCGUUAUACGGUGGGCGCGAAGUCGACGAUACUCGCUCAGUCUGAACUUCGCAUCGCUCUUGGAUCGACGCGUGUACACGUACAGUUUUGCGCGACCGAGUCACGAAGUAUACGCACGCACAACCCAGUGAUGUGACAUUUCGUUCCAGUGCGAUCUCCUAUUUUUUUUUUAUUUAUUUCUCCGUUAUAUGCUGAACGUUCGAGCUUGUUCUUUAUUUAUUCGAUAUUAUUGGUGUAUUGUCUUUGUUGGUUGUUGGUGUUUUUUCUGUGAUAAGAGAACUCUGUUUUGCUAUUACCCGUUGAUGUUUCUAUUAUCAUUGUACAAUAUCUAUGGUUUCUUCAGCGCUGGCGUUGUAGAAAAUUUCUGUGAAAUUAAAGACUUCUCUAUCCGUCCCGGGAGACAGGAAUUGGAACAGAUGGUACAACUCAGCUGUUAACCAACCACAGCCACCCACUUGCCCAAUUGGUCCACCAGAGCAUGCCCAGUGAUCAGUCGUCAAGAAUCCAGGACAGUAUCCAGGCUCAGCGGCCCUUUGCCGCCCCGAACUAAUGACUAUGGCCGAGACUGCUAUCGAAACAAACGCCACCCAUGACAAGGCGAACAACAACCACCCCCUAGUGAUAAACCACAACGUCCACUGUCAUCGUCCCCUCGUCAAACAGAGGAAACGCAAGAGGCUGAGUCAGGUCCUGGACAAACUGACUGGCGGCGGCAGCGAAUCCCCUGACCCAGAGCUCGUCAACGGCGUCGAGAAUAUCAACAACAACGUUCAGCAUCUGCACAACAACAACAACAGCAAGAACCCUGCGAUGUGUAUCGACGCUCAAGUGCACUCCAAGACUCCCAAACAUGACUUCAAGUUCGACGUGCCGGAAAAAUUGAGGUUAGGAUCUACUACGAAUGCCAGUGAAGAUGAGGAUGUCUUCAGUCCAACCAGCUCCAGCAACAAAUCUCCGCACAGCUCCACAGAAUCUCCAAGGAUCAGCUUCAGCCCGUUGAGACUUAAAGAAGAAGAAGCCAGUGAUAGCCCACCUUUGCAGAGACCUCCAACAUGUCCCUGCUACCAGUGUUUCUCAGGUGCUGCUCACCACGCCUCACCUCUACACCCUUAUGAUCGUUUCUUUCCGGCCUCGCCGAUAACCCCGCUGACACCGGUGUCACCCGCUCCUCCAGGUGUCUACAACUUCGAACGUUACCUCCACUCCAAGUACCUGCCAGAUUUCUUCCGGAGGAGAAGUCAUUCGGACUCGGAUCUCCCGUUUUGGCUGGAGAAGAACGACAGGACCAGGAAUCUGCCGGCGACUCAUCCGUUGACGAUCUCCACCAGCUUCCACAACAGGCCGCUAGAGCUGGACACCAGUCUACCGCAGGAGUACCCAUUGGACCUUUCCAUGAAGACCAAGGACAAGAUGAACAAUUUGGAGUGUUUUAUCCCACCUCCUCUGCAGAUGCUGCCUCCUGGUUUUCUACCUCCAAGAGGAGGGGUAUCAGUACCAGUUGUUAAGGGAGAUGUUGCUUCUCCGACUACGAAGGAGUCAGUGGCGUCGCGGUAUAACCUAGAGGUGUCACCGGUAGUGGAAGAGAUGCCUCCAGGAUCUGAUGUCGCCUAUGUUUGUCCAGUAUGUGGCCAAAUGUUCAGUCUACACGACCGUUUGGCUAAGCAUAUGGCGUCGAGGCAUAAGAGCAGACAGAGCUCCGGCGAGACCACAGCUAAAGCGUAUCUGUGCGAAGUCUGCAAGAGGUCGUUCGCUAGAAGUGACAUGCUCACCAGGCAUAUGAGACUGCAUACUGGCAUCAAACCGUAUACGUGUCGCGUGUGCGGACAAGUUUUCUCCAGAUCCGAUCAUCUGUCCACCCACCAAAGGACACAUACGGGCGAGAAGCCUUACAAGUGUCCACAGUGUCCUUACGCAGCUUGUAGAAGAGAUAUGAUAACGAGACACAUGCGUACUCACGCGCGUUAUGAACCUGACUCGAUCACUCAAACGCCAACUGUCAAAAGUGAGCACUCUUGAGUAUAUCUGUUGUUGUCUUGCGUUUCUUCUUGUGAGGGGGUAGUAUGGAACAAGUCCGAACCGAGAAUUGUUGAUUGUUGAAAAUUAGUGUCUGUUGAAUUUAUCGAAAAGUCUAGUCUUGAUUUGAAUGGCAAGGUGGCUUGUUCCGUACGUCCCCUAUAAGAGCAGAUUCUUCAAGAUCUCAUAUCAUUCCAAGUAGCGACCAUUUGCCGAGGCCAGUGUGUUCAAAUCCCCUGCACUGUUUGUGUGAUGUGCCAAAUGUAUACCUAUCGUUCAAAUAUGGCCAGUGGCAACCAGGAUACAAUCGUUUUUGUAUACACUAUGUUAGCUGUGUAUAAUCGUAAAAUUGUCAUUUCUUAUACCAUUUGGAGGUUUGUAAAAUGGAAUAGAAUUCGAUCUGUUGUUGGAAGAACUUGUAUCUGCUCGAUCAUUUGUAGGUCCAUGGAAGCAACUUCCGUAUUUUAAGACAUGAAGUCGACAUUGAUAGACAAAGUGAUUUUGAUAAGGAAGAACCUUUGUAACUUCCAGGUCCUCGCGAAAUUGUGAAAAAAAGAUUAUAAAGAAGACGUAUACUGUGAUAUUUGGACAUUAUGUUGUAAUUUAUUUUUGUGAAAUGAUAAUUAGGUUGCCUAUUUUUGAUAUGAAAUUUUUACGAAGUGUUAGGAAAGAAGCGAAUUGACUCUUGUCUUGUCUCUUGACUUCAUGUUGAGAAGCUCAAUUUUACACUGGGCAUUAUUAGAAGUAAAAUUUGGGUCGCAAUGUCCAACUUUUGUCGAUUUUCUCAAAAGCACAGAUCCUACCUUGUUCUCAAGAAACAUUAUUGUUGUUCUAUUGAAAAAUUGUUACCUGUUCCAUGUUUGUAAUGUUUGUCAACUGCGAAAAGACAAAGUUGUGCCACAAUUGUUUUAUAUAUAUAUGUUGAUGUUAAGCAUACUCAUCGUACUUUAUUUCUUAAAUUGUACAGUUGUGUGUUCAUUCUGUUAACAAUGAACGUUAUGAAUGAUUGUUAACGUGUUUAAUUUAUGUAUAUUAUUUAUUCAUCCCCGGAAAGUGAUUAUAAUUUAAUGCAUGUACAAAAGACAUAGCUACUUAACUAUUUAAUUUGUUAAUUUUUCUAUUUAAUUUCCAAUUUUGAAGGAUUCCAUGAAUUCGUUUUUAUAAAUUUUUGUUAUUGGUCGAAAAAUAAAUUUGAUUCAAUUUUGAA